ACCCCCUCAUCAACAAGCCACUUCCUCUUUUGUCUAAUUUCAUGGCGAUCGGGAGAGAGGGAACACCACCGACGGACGCACACUGUCUCAGCACUCCUGAAAGAGUUUAUUUGGGUUUAAAAUAAGUGGUCAACCUUCCUGGCAGUAGAAACGUUUUCCAGGUGAUACUAGGUGGACAUCACUACAGGGCCUCCUCUAGCUCUCAGAUCUGUUCUUCACUGUCCCAGGUUAAGACUCCUUGGUCUAUGGCUCUGAUGGACAAAACCAAACACGUCAAGCGGCAGAGACUUGACCGCAUUUGUGAGGGUAUCCGACCCCCCAUCCUGAAUGGGCCGAUGCACCCGCGGCCCCUGGUGGCCCUGCUGGAUGGGCGCGACUGCACUGUGGAAAUGCCAAUCCUCAAAGACGUGGCGACCGUGGCUUUCUGCGAUGCCCAGUCUACACAGGAGAUACAUGAGAAGGUGUUAAAUGAAGCAGUGGCUGCUCUGCUGUAUCACACUAUAACUUUAUCCAGAGAUGACUUAGAAAAGUUUAAAGGCCUACGAGUCAUUGUUAGGAUUGGUUCCGGCUUUGAUAACGUUGAUGUCAAAGCAGCUGCUGAGCUUGGCAUCGCUGUCUGUAACGUGCCUGCAGCCUCGGUGGAAGAGACGGCCGACACGUCGCUAUGUCUGAUUCUCAACCUGUACAGGCGGGUCACCUGGAUGCACCAAGCCCUGAGAGAAGGGACCCGUGCCUCCAGCGUGGAGCAAAUCAGGGAGGUGGCUGGAGGCGCUGCUCGAAUCCGGGGGGAAACGUUGGGCAUCAUCGGUCUAGGACGUGUUGGCCAGGCUGUGGCUCUGCGGGCCAAGGCGUUUGGAUUUAACAUAAUGUUUUAUGACCCAUACCUGCCUGACGGUGUCGAGCGCUCGCUGGGCCUCCAGCGAAUGGCAACGCUUCAGGACUUGCUCAUACACUCUGACUGCGUGUCUCUGCACUGCAGCCUCAAUGAGCACAACCACCACCUGAUCAACGACUUCACCAUCAAACAGAUGCGUCAAGGCGCUUUUCUGGUGAACACAUCGAGAGGCGGACUGGUGGAUGAGAAAGCUCUGGCUCAGGGCCUGAAGGAGGGCCGGAUACGUGGAGCCGCCCUGGACGUUCAUGAAACAGAACCCUUCAGUUUUGCAACGGGCCCCCUGAAGGACGCCCCCAACCUGAUCUGUACCCCUCACACAUCUUGGUACAGCGAGCAGGCUUCAGUUGAGGCUCGUGAAGAAGCAGCCAGAGAAGUGCGCCGGGCUAUCACUGGUCGUAUCCCAGACAGCCUGAAGAACUGUGUCAAUAAGGAGUAUCUGAUGGCCGCCUCCCAGUGGCCCAGCAUGGAGGCAGCAACUGUUCACCAGGAACAUAAUGGCGUCUCCUACAGAUUUCCUUCAGGCCUGAUCGGCGUGGCAGCAGCAGCAGCAGUGGGGAGCCUCUCAGGAGCAGGCGCAGGCGUUGAAAGCCUGGUUUCAGGAACCCUGGCACAUGGCAUUGCCCCUGUCUCUCACCCCCCUCACGCCCCAUCUCCGGGGCAGCCGACUAAGGCUGAAGCCGACAGAGACAUCCCCUCCGACCAAUAGCCCCCUCUGCCAGCUCUGGCACAUUCCGUCAUCUCUGGAAACCAAACCCCCCCAGACCCCUCCUCCGCCUCACCCAUUCAGGAUCAGACACAAACCGACCCUCCAGUGCACGGGAAGCACCAGUCUGACCCAUCUUGGCUCUAGAGUCGUUUGAGUGAUCAGACAACCAGCCCAGGAGGGACCCAUCUACACCGAACCAUCAUACUCACAUGCCUCCAUCCUCAUCUCACCCACCACCCACCUUCAACCAUCAGACCCCCACAAUGUCAGCAAUAACUGUGUUCUCAAGGAUUCAAUUUUUGGAUUGGUUUUGCUUCCUUAGCUGGCUGUUGUUUUAAUGGAAAGUUGAUCUUUUGUGGUUCUAGGUGUUGCUGUUUUGUUGACAAGAAUUUGCUUUUCCGACAUGAGGCUUUAGGCUGCUGCCUCUAGCAGAAACAGAACAGCUGAAGCUCCACUUUGUACAUUAAUGGCUCGUGUUACUACUCUCUUCUUCUGUUGUUGUUGUUGUUUUUAUUUUUGUUUUCCUGCCCCCUUCUGCUCGUAUUGUGACUGGGGACACCGCCUAUGAAAGUAAACCGGACAGAAACUAGCUACCCUCUAACCCUUCAUCCCGUAAACCUCCUUGGCACUGUUGUAACCUUGCUCAGCAGAGGGAGUUAUAAUGCAGUCUGUGUGGAGCUCUCUUAACUGUGAAACUCUAUAGCGUUAAAAACCAUUUAAAGAGUGAAACCCCCGUGUUUCUCUGUCCGAGGCAUACCUCCCCGUAUUUACUCAAAAGGUUUCUGGCAACAAGCAGCUAGAGAGAAAUCCAUUUGAUCUUGGUGCCGUAAAGGAACUCAAACGCAAGCCAGCAGAGGGCGCUCUCUGUCCGGCCUCCCAUUAACAGAUCAUAGACAUUAGUUUAAGUGACAACAGCAUAAUAAACACGGCGAAAUUGACUUUAGAUUUGAUUAGCUUUUCACCACCACCACCCUGCACAUCCUCAUCAUCCUGUCUUCCCAUAGCCCUCCCAACACACAUGCACACAAACCAGUAUGCAUCCACCAGUUCCUUCAGGUGUGAGAGGACAGCAUGGAUCAGAUUCCCUGCAGGAUCCAACAGCGACUAGCGUUCCUGCAUGCUUGCAUCUUAAAGAACAGUGGUGUGUGUCUAUGUCUGAGUGUUUGCUCCCUCACCCUGUCGUCGUUCCAAAGGAGUUGUCCCUUAAAGUUAACUCUUAAAACGCUGUUGCCCUGGAGUGAAGGGAACACCUUUCUAGUACCUCAUUAACAGAUAUUGAAUGUACCGUGCAUACCCUAUUAAUUUUUAUUUUUCGUUUUUGUACAGAUUUUCUAGAUUAAAUUGUAGCAGUCAUGACACAAUUUAAAAAAAAGGAGAAAAAAUAAGCCCAGUCGGAAUAAAUUUGCAAACAACUACUCAGGUGUCAAAACCAAUGUGCAUCUGUUUGCCUUUUUCACUCAGUUCAGCACAAUUUUCAGACUUGAGGCUGUAAAAGUGAUUACAUCUUUAAACAUUAGCCAAUGAAGUGAAGUAACUUGGACUAGGACCGUGAUAGUACAUGCUUAAGUUUAACCCCCUCCCUAUCAAGCUGCUGUCUUAUUGUGCAUGGGAAGUCAUUUUUAAGGGGGAAAUGAGACCCCCUCCCCCCAUCAAACUGUUUUUUUCCUUUUUUACAGUCGUAGUCCGUUUCCAGUGAUGUACAGUUUGUCCCCCUCAGAGUCUAUGAGCGACAGGUGGCUCCUCUGUCAUGUGAUAAGUAUAUAUUUUUAAAGAAAAAAAAACCCAUAGUUUGGAUUAUACUCUUAAAAUGUCUUGUUGAUGACGAUGAUAUAUAUUUUCCAGUCCAGCGGUUCACUGUUGUUAAAGCUGUUUAGUUUUUAAAGGAUUUGCUCUCCGUGUUCGACAUGUUGUACUGAAACAUUUCUGAGAAAACGAGAUCCCUGCCUGUUUCUCCUCCUCCUCUCUUUAAAUUUGUCGUUUCUGGCUUAUUUCCUGCAGGCCUUACUUGUUCUCUCCCUGUUACAGUAGCUAGUAUAGAAAGUUGCCAUUGGAGCCACUCACUGCCUUAAUACAGUUGACCACAGCAGGCGAAGCCAUGAGACGACAACCGGCCCCGGCCUCUGAAUAAAACUCCUCGCUCCCCUGACAGGCCUGAUAUUACUGCACCAUGCAUUUCCAGUUUCAGUGAAGAACCGCGUUUAGCCUUGUUUCAGCCUGCACUGCUCAUUCUCCCGCCACAGAAACCCAGUGUAAGCUCUGACUUUGCAUUUAGAUGAAUAUCUUUUAUUCUGUCGGUUUGUUUCAAGCAGCUCUUGCCAGCUGUUUCGGUGCAGCAGCUUAUAUUUAACCCUUGGGUGCGAGACCACACCGCCACUUUCACCCACUGUGCUCGAUAAGGACGGCGCAGCAGACACUGACGUAGUUUCAGUGAGAGUUGGUCACUUCUCUCUCCUCUCUCUCAGGGUUCAAAUGCACACAUAUCCUCCAGCAGUCGCCCUGUGUGUCCUGUCCCUCAGACUGUUGACCCGACCUGCGUCCUCACUGACCUCUCGACCCUCGUUCUGAGCACAGACCUGAACCGGUUUUUUUUUUUAUAGCACUGACAUCUAACCAGGAUUGAAUGAAUGCUUGAAAGUGACUGUGUGUAAUGUUGAAAUUGAGAAAUGUAUUUUUACAACAUGUGAACAUUUUUUUUCCCCCCUCCUUCAAUCACUCUCAUUGUGAAUUAUUUUGUUUCUUUUCUUUCACCAGACUGCAAAAACACCAGAAAAAAAUCUGUAACUAGGCUCUUAAGCUUUAUUUUUUGUUUUUGUUUACUUUUUUUAUUAGAAACAAUCAUGUUUGUGAUGGUAACCUCCAAUGGUAAACUCAACACCGUAUUUUAAUAAAAUCCUAAAAAAUUAAA